AUGUCAAACAACAAUGAUAUGCACCCACGUAAUCCGUACAAGGACAAACCGCCAGAUUUUAAGACCCUGGCCAUGGAAUACCCGGAAUUUCGACAAUAUUGUCAGUAUGUUGGAAAUGGAAAAGUUUCAUUCGAUUUCCGGCAAGAUGCAGCCGUUCGGUGCCUCACUCAGACUCUUCUUAAAAAAGAUUUCAAACUAGAGGUAAGAUUUCGUUUAGAAACAUUGAAUUGCUUGCAAAAAAUCUUCAAACAUUCAUAAAUUUCAGGUGGAGCUGCCAGCCGGUCAUCUGGUCCCCCGAGUGCCUCAGAAGCUCAAUUACUGCCUGCUAAUCGAUGAUUUGCUGCGAGAAAACGGGCUUUCCGGCGGCAACGUGCUCGGAAUCGACAUCGGAACGGGCACCUCGUGCAUCCACGCGCUCCUCGGCGCCCGUCAUUUCGGCUGGAAGUUCGUCGCCACCGACGCCGACCCGGUUUCAGUCCGCACCGCCCACGCAAACGUUGCCCACAACGGCCUCGGCUCGGAGAUUUGCGUGGUGCACGUGAACCCGGCGGCCAAGUGCAUCCUCAUGGACGUGCUCAUGCUCGGCGAGUUCUCCGGGAACGUCUUCGACUUUUGCAUGUGCAAUCCGCCGUUUUUCGACGCGAAAAACGAUGAGAAGUUUCGAGAAAUCUCGGAGAAUUCGUAUUCGAACGACAUGAGGGACGGAAUGGAUGCUCGCGGAGCCCCGCACUCGGCCACCCACGCAUCCGCCGCCGAAUUGUACGUCGAGGGCGGCGAAGUCGCUUUUGUGAAUCGGAUCAUCGAUGAUAGCGUUGUUCUGAGGGAGAGGGUCAGGUAGGAAAACACACCUUUUUUUUUUGAUUUUACACAAAUUUUCACAUUUUUCGAUUCCAGAAUCUACACGACAAUGUUGGGUCGAAAACAGAGUGUGAAGCCGCUGUGCCAACGACUUCAGCGCUUCGGAGACGACGUCAAAUUUAUGGUUUCGCCGUUGAAUCAGGGAAAAACGAAGAGAUGGAUGCUCGCGUGGACCUUCUCAAAAUCUAUUGCACUCACAGCACUGGUCAGCUAUUUUUCAACAAAUUUUCUAAUAAAUAUAUGAAAAUCACAAAUUUCAGAUGCAAGAACGAGCGAUCGAAAUUCAGUGUCCAAAGCCGGGUCGAACAAGAAUAUUGCAGCAAAUUGAGGCGUUGAACGGAAAAACGAGACAGCAAUCGGCGGAAAUGCUCGUCGUCGAGUUCAGAAGUGUCACGUGGACGCACCAGAGAGCACGGCGGAGGGCCGAGGCCGAGCUGCACAAAAACGAAGCGAAACGGGCAAAGUAAGCAGUUUUUACAGAGUUUUUUUCAAAAAAUUCAAAACUUGCAGACUAAACACGCGAUCGAUCGGCUGCGAAGCGCUUUUCGGCGUCGGCGACGGCCGUGACUCGUACACGGACUCUGGCAACUUCACAUCUUCCGAAUCCUUGGCCUCCGGAGAAGACGUGCGCGACAACGCCACCCAAACGUACCAUCCGAUGCCGCCCGGAGUCACUCCCCGCUACAUUCUACGCGUUAAAAUCUACAUAAACUGCGAAGAGCCGCAGGAUUUGCUCACUUUCGAACUGAUUUCCGGUUCCAAACAAAGCAUGUGUCAAUUGGUCCAGUAUCUCAGAAAUUCACUUUGCCGGUAG